GUGUCUGUGUGUGUGCCUGCAGGAGACAGCGACAGCUAGGCCGCGCAACCACGAUGAGUCUGCAGUGGACCGCCGUAGCCACCUUCCUGUACGCCGAGGUCUUCGUCGUGCUGCUGCUCUGCAUCCCCUUCAUCCCCCCGAAAAGGUGGCAGAAGAUCUUCAAGUCACGCCUGGUGGAGUUGGUAGUGACGUACGGCAACACCUUCUUUGUGGUUCUCAUUGUCAUUCUCGUACUUCUGCUUGUGGAUGCUGGCCGGGAGAUCUGGAAGUAUGACGACGUAACGGAGAAGGUGAACCUCCAGAACAACCCUGGCGCCAUGGAGCAUUUCCACAUGAAGCUGUUCCGUGCUCAGAGGAACCUCUACAUCGCUGGCUUCGCCUUGCUGCUCUCCUUCCUGCUUCGACGCCUGGUGACUCUCAUCUCCCAGCAGGCCACCCUGCUGGCCUCCAAUGAAGCCUUUAAAAAGCAGGCAGAGAGCGCCAGUGAGGCGGCCAAGAAGUACAUGGAGGAGAACGAGCAGCUGAAAAAGGAAGCUGGUGUUGACGGAGGCAAGUUGCGCCUUGGGGAAGCUGAGGUGAAGGUGGAGGAAGAGAAUAAGAGCCUAAAGGCUGAGCUGAAGAAGCUGAGGGAGGAGCUGGCCAACAGCAAGCAAAAGCUGGAGAAGGCGGAGAAUGAGGCCCUGGCCAUGCGGAAGCAGUCAGAGGGCCUGACCAAGGAGUAUGACCGCCUGCUGGAGGAACAUGCCAGACUGCAGAUGGCAGUUGAUGGGCCCAGUGACAAGAAGGAGGAGUGAGGACAGGCGCUCCUCAGCGGCCCCCAGCCUGCACGCAUGCACUCACCUCACCUUGUCCCAUCACCUCUCCCCUAGCCUCUGUCCCUCCAGCACCGGACAGGGGCCUGCUUUCCACCCAUGUCUGGGUGGCUUGGGCAGGGGCUGCUCUAGCUGUUGAGGCCCCUCCUGUGCGCUCUGUGGGUGGGGCAAUAAAGGCUGCUGUAUGACUG